UGGGGUCCCAGUCAGGCGGACAAAUCCCCAGGCAGUAACACCCACCACGCGGCAUUCCCCGCCACCUCCAACCCAGACCAAUGGUAACAUAUUAAAUAAAGAAUGGGUGGAGAGAGAUUUUUUCCACACACAGCUGGGCUUGCUUGCUUUCUUGGGCCGGUGGUGGGUCGUGGAUAGUGAAGGGAUUGGCACUGACGGUUUCCUUCGCGUUGAAUUGCAGGUCGAGGGGUUGGACUUAAGAGGAAAAAAAGAAAAAAUUACUGUAGAAAUUUUGGAGGGAGGAGGAAGGAAAAAGGAAUUGGAGGAGGAGAAGAGAUAAAAGGCAUGGAGAGAGGAGAGACUAGAGAGCUGCAAGGGAAAGAGAGAGAAAAGAGAGGCAGCGGCAGCAGGAGGACCAGAAAAGGAGAAGUGGGGAACUGCCACAACCCCCCAUACAACAAAAUUACCUGCUCCCCUUCCUCUCCCAUCAUAUUUUCUCCCUCUCUUUUUACUCUGAGACAGUCUCCCACCCCCAAAUUACCUGCUCCCCUUCCUUUCCCAUCAUUUUUUUUUCUCUCCUUCUCGCUUUUCUCACAGAGUCUCAGAGAGCUUGGUCUUUCUUUAUGCAGAAGAGGGAGAGGGAGAGAGGGAGGAGAGGAAGGAGGACUCUGAGUCCAAAUUAGUUGCUGGCGUCUCCCUCCAACCCCCUCUUUAUGCCCUCUGACUCCCACACUUCAGGUCAAUUCUGACUCCUCAUGUUGUCUUCAAUCUAAUACCCCUCCGCAGCCUCGGCAUCUGUCUUCUGGUGAAACCCCAAAUCCCAACCCAUUUCUGUACCCCUUCCGAAGAAGAAGAAGAAGAAGAAGAAGAAAAGGAGGAAGAAGGGGAGCUUGCGAUGGACGACCUGUCGCGGUAUUCGGACAGUCCCGCGCACCUGGCGGUGCUCCGACGGGACCACUCGGCCCUCCGACGAAUAGUGGCGGAUCUUCCGCGACUGCCCGAAGCCGGGGAGGUGACCUCGGAAGCGGAGUCUAUUGAGGCGGAGCUCCGGGCGGAUGCAGUAUCUGCGGUGCUCGACGUCCGCGAAGGGAUCCCGGGGCGGGAGACGCCACUUCACGUCGCAGUCCGGCUGGGCGACGCCGUGGCCGCGGACAUCCUCAUGGCUGCCGGAGCCGACUGGAGCCUGCAGAACGAGCGGGGCUGGAGCUCGCUGCAGGAGGCCGUCUGCUCGCGCCAGGACGCUGUUGCGGCUGUGAUCGCCCGCCAUUACCAGCCACUUGCCUGGGCAAAGUGGUGCCGGCGCCUUCCCCGUAUAGUCGCCGCCGCCGGUAGGAUGCGUGACUUCUAUAUGGAGAUCUCCUUCCAUUUCGAGAGCUCCGUUAUCCCCUUCAUCAGUCGGAUCGCCCCCUCAGACACCUAUCGGAUCUGGAAGCGCGGCUCUAACCUCCGGGCCGAUAUGACCCUCUCUGGCUUCGACGGGUUCCGCAUCCAGAGGUCCGAUCAGAGCUUCAUCUUCUUUGGCGAGGGCGGCGACUCCGGCCGGAUUCCUCCUGGCUCGCUUAUCGUGCUGUCGCACCGCGACAAGGAGAUUGCUAACGCGCUUGAGGGCGCGGGUUCGCGACCGAGCGAGGCGGAAGUUGCCCGGGAGGUGGCGCUCAUGGCGCAGACAAACAUGUACCGUCCGGGGAUCGACGUGACCAAAGCGGAGCUCGUGCCGCACCUCAACUGGCGGAGGCAGGACCGGACGGAGGCAGUCGGGGCGUGGAAGGCAAAGGUCUACGAUAUGCACCAUGUUACCGUAAGCGUAAAGUCAAGGAAGGUCCCCGGCGCGAUGACGGACGAGGAGCUCUUCGCUGCAGCUGCUGCGGCAGAGGACGAGGAGGCGGGCACUGGCGGCGGAGCAGAUGAUCUGUUAACGGCAGAGGAGAAGAUGCAACUGGACUCGGCAUUGAGGGCAGGGGGGAAUUUGGACGAUGAGGAGUUUAAUGGUGGAACCGAUGGUGAUGCUGCAGGCAAAACAGGGAAGGAGAGGAAAGGGUGGUUCGGAGGGUGGGGCGGGAAGAAAUCAGGUGAAGACGAGGAUCAGGCGGCGACCAAGAAAGGUGGGGAGGGGAAGAAAGUGGUGAACGGGUUGAGGACGGCAUCUGCAAAGAAGAAGAAGAAUGGCUGCAACAGCGGCUGUGCUGGCGGGUUAGGUGAUGGGAAGAGUGAAAGUGAAUACAGGAAAGGCUUGAGGCCCGUACUGUGGUUGACAGAGGAUUUCCCGUUGCAGACGGAGGAAUUGUUACCUGUGCUCGAUAUCUUGGCUAACAAAGUGAAGGCUGUGAGGAGAUUGAGAGAGCUCUUGACCACCAAAUUGCCGCCAGGAACCUUCCCCGUGAAGGUUGCUAUUCCAAUUGUACCCACCAUUAGAGUCUUGGUCACCUUUACAAAGUUUGAGGAGCUUCAGCCUCUGGAGGAGUUCUCUACCCCUCUAUCCAGUCCAGCUCAUUUUCAAGACACCAAGUCAAAGGAUUCUGAGUUAUCAUCAUCUUCUUCGUCAUGGAUCUCAUGGAUGAGAGGGAGUCAAACGCAUGCAAGCAGCUCCUCUGUGUCCACGGAGAGCCAUGGGAGCGACGAUGUUGAUCCAUUUCUUAUACCGGCAGACUAUACUUGGAUAGAUGCCAAUGAGAAAAAGAGACGGAUGAAAGCAAAGGGAGCCAAGAACAAGAAGGGGAAGAAGCAGGCAUCCAGGACGGCGGAGCUGCCACCUACCGACGACUUUGAAUAUUAAUCCCCUGACUAUUUGACAACCCGAAUUUUACAGGCAGAUUGGUACUAGCCCUCGAUCAAGCAUUUCUGGGAAAAAUGCGUUGGGGUGGUGACUUGCUCUGUAGCGAGUGGGAGACCUGAUCCAGUCCCCUGAUUGAGCGUUUACCCAGAAAGCGAUCUUGCCACAACUAUCGUGUGAAUGUCAUACCGCUGCGGUUUCAGAACCAUGCUUCUUAUUUUUGUCUUGCUAUAUUUCCGAAACCAAAAGCCCAUGAGGUCCUUAUCAGAUUAUGUCGCUA